AUGUUCGGGCAAAUGUAAUUCUAAGCGUUAGCAUUAUUCGUACGAAAGACGUUAGGCUUAUAGAGGACAAAUUCUAUUUUUGUUGCGUUCCAUAAUAAUGUGUUCUGUUACUCUUUGAAGUUAUUAUACAUGAAUGUUUGUAUCUGAAGCCAAAUUGUUGAGGUAUUAUGACGUGGUUGUCGUCUAAAUAUUUAAGGAGGUAGUGAUAGAUGAUUUUUUCUAAUAUUUUCCCAAAAAUGUUAAGAAAACUGAUUGGCCUAUAACUAUUGAUGCAUGUUGCUUGUUUGCCAGGUUUAAGUAUCGGAAUGAAUUUGACCUUUUUCCAGGCUGAUGGAAAGUAAGUUUGAUGCAGGCUUUAUAGAUAUAAUAGAGUUGGAUGAUUGGUUUGUUCGGCAAAUUUUUUAGUUUAAGAAGAGUUAUCUUGUCAGAACCCAGAGCUUUAUUAUUAGGAAAUUUCUUGAUUAUUUCUUUGAUGAUUUUAGAUGUGCAGAAUAUAAGAUUUUGAUUUGGGGGGAGGGGGGAGAGGUUUUUCUGAUCCGUGUUGUUUUUUGAUGAAUUUGUUGUUUAAGAGGAGAGUGCAUGUUGUAAGCGUUCAGAUGAAUCUGUUCAAAGUUGCUUACGAGUCCUUUUCUUAUCAGUGUAGUAAAAAAUAUUGUUUAUUUUGUCAUGUAAGACGAGGAUUUUAGUUUUGACGUCUCCAAUAAUUCGAUAGGUUUGCCAGAGUGUGGGAUCGGUGUUCUUUAUAUUUGCUAAUUUUUGCUGCCAUGUUUUAUUUCUCACAUGAAGUAUUCUUUUUUGUAUGUUUGUAGUGAGAAUGUUUCUAUAGAGUUUGUAAAUCGGAUUUUCGGUCUUUUGGUAUUUUCUUCUCAUUCUGUUUCUGUCUUUGAUUAUUUGUGAAAGGAACGAAUCUGUGCUGAGGUUCAUGUUGUAGACAGGUAUUACUUGUGUAGUGUAGCGAAGUGCCUUCUGAAUAUGGUGCAUGAGAAUUUGGAUUUCAGAAUCAAUCUCGUGUUUGUCGGUUAGGUUUAAGUUGGGGAGCUAAGGUUGGUGCAGGUUUUUUCGACUUCAGGGUAACCUGAAUAGGAUCAAAAACCUCGAUGUUAGCUGAUGAUUCACGUAAGGCCUACUUUGUAGGCGGUGUCUCUUCAGCGAAGUUGAGGACUUGCACCGACCAAAUGGUCCACUCGCCUCGCCUCCCCGUGGUGCUCCCUGGAGCCCUGUGACAAGUAGGCUUCGGCCUCUUGAAAUAGGGUGCGAAAGAGUGAGUGGUCGAGAAGAAGGAGUCACAAUUACAAUUAUGAUGAUGGAAAGUACAGGGGACCUGUUACAGGUACAUUCGGAGUCCCCAGUCCCGGCGUGGUCGGAGCGAGCGAGCAGGGUUCAAAUCAAACAACUGCAAGAAAACGGUGUGCCUUGUGGACCCCAGGCCUGGUAUACUGAGGACGACUGGGAUGAAACAACAAUUUAA